AUGUCGGGGAACCAAUCCGCAGUCCCAUCCGACACCGCAUUCCGCAAGACCUGGGACCGAGAAGAGUACAGCAAAAAGGCCGCCGACGAUGAAGCCAAAAGAAAAGAGGAAUCAAAGGCACGCUACGAGGCGAAACUUCUAGGCAAGAAAUGGCAUGCGCCGGUAGACUACAGCUCCCUAGAAGCCACGACGUCCCGAAAACAACGACUCGAUGUCGCCUCGAUGGUGGGCAAGACCACAAUUGUCUCGUCGGGGUCCGCGGUCGGCAAGAGGGGUCGAGGCGCAGGGUUCUACUGCUCGGACUGUGAUCUUACCUUCAAAGACAACCUGCAGCUGGUGGAACAUUUGAACAGCAAACAGCACUUGAUUGCGACGGGUCAGAGUGGCGAAGUGACUCGGGCUAGUGUGGAAGAUGUGCGAGAACGGCUGCGAAUGCUCGCCCAUCAGAAGCGACAGCGGGAGGAAGAAGAUCGACGGGGACAGCUGGACCUUGGGGAACGGUUGAAGGAACGAGAAGAACAAGAGGCGAAAGAAAGAGAGGAGAAGAGGCGGAAGAGGAACGAGAAGCGACGGAAAGGUGGGGAGAAUGGGAUCAAGCAGGAAGAGAGUUGGGAGGGUCGAUUGGGGAUCAUCGCAUAG